AUGUCUGGGUAUGCGAAGUUUAUGAAGGACAUGGUUAAAAAGAAGAGAUCUGUGAGUUUUGAGGAUGUAGAGAAGUUGCAACAUUGUACUGCUAUCGCUACAAGAUCCCUUAAGUAUAAAAAACAAGAUCCUUGUGCUUUUACUAUCCCUUUUACCAUUGAAUUAUUGCACUUUUCCAAGGCACUAUGUGAUCUUUGUACUAGCAUCUAUCUCAUGCCAUUGUCCAUUUACAAGAAGUUGGGAUUGAGUGAUCCAAAACCAACUACGAUGUGGUUGCUCAUGGCGAAUAUAACUUUGAAAAGGCCUAUUAGAGUGCUCCAUGACGUGUUAUAG